AUGGACCGAUCCCAGCCCAUCUCUCUACAGCACAAGCUUGCAGCUGUCGCUUCACUUGCGUAUGCCAAGCUGAUCUUGUUGGCAUACUGGAUCAUUAGCAACCUCCUACCAUCCUGGCGUCACAACCCGAAAUGGACACUCCGCCGCGCUGUUGGUUUUCGCCUUUCUGGAUGGGCAGUCUCAGAAUUCAGUCCCAAGUUCCAAGACCUCUGUACUCGGGAUAUCAAAAUCGAGCCGGGUGACGACGAGCUACGCAGGUGGAAUGUCGGCUUCUCGAGGACCGGGCUAAUGGAUAGCCCCCUCACAGGUGAAAUUGGAAGAUUAGAAAAAGAGGCAGCAAUAAAGCGCGUCAAGGUGGGAAUGUAUUGGCAUGGGCCCGCAGACGAGCAGGGGCGGCACGACUACGGGGCUCAGGAAGGCGAGAGGGUCAUGUUAUUCCUGCACGGAGGAAAAUAUCUCGUCGGAACCGCGCACCCUUCAGAUAUGACCAGCUAUAUUCCUAUGCAGCUAUGCAACUUUUCUCGGACCGUGAAGCGAAUUGUUGCCGUCGAGUACAGACUAUCCUCCAUGGCAUCGAAACUAUCAGUUCACCCAUUCCCCACUGCGCUUAUCGAUGCGAUAUGUUCUUUCCGAUACCUGCUUCAGCUCGGUUUUCACUCAAACAACAUCUUCAUCGUUGGCGACUCCGCAGGCGGCAACCUUGCUCUUGGCCUUACCCGAUAUCUUGUAGAGGAGGAACAGCGUUCUCUUGCUGGACUGAUUCUUCUCUCGCCAUGGUGCGAUAUGACAACCUCACACUCUCAACCGGGUAUGUCACGACAGCGUAACUACGUCAAAGAUGUGCUCGGUCCAGCAAUCAAUCCCGACUCUUACGCCGUUAAGGCGUUUUUGGGUGGGCUAUCCCCAGAAAGCCCCUAUAUUUCGCCUUCCUGCAAAUGGAUUCAGCCUUCGUUUGGCGGCUUCCCUCGUACAUAUCUAGUAGCCGGCGAAAUGGAGGUGUUCUUAGACGAGAUCAAGACGUUGAAAUCAAGAAUGGAAGGCUUCGUCGAAAGAGGUCUGACGUACGACGAAACCCCGGCCGCCCCACAUGACUUCUGCACAAUCUCACUGAUGGAGCCCGAACGAAGCCAACUUCUCGCACGAGUUGCCGAAUGGGUUGACGACGCGGAUCGACCCAUUGCCGAGGAGUAUCUCAUUUAUAUAUGAUCCAUAACGAACUGGAAGCGGCUGCAUACAAGCGUUUUACACAGUACGCCGUGGACAACUUCGAAACCGCUCUGGAAGAGGUGGCACAACCCGUACUCCCCGUAGAAGAGUCACAGGCCAGCAAUGAUUGCAACAAUAGACCAGAUACCCCACUGAAAAGCGCACGGCUACGGCCGAAUCGGAGCGCCCCAAGAAGAAAGCACGAUGUGCUAAUGAGGGAACCUUAGAAUGUCCUGCUAGACACCGUCUUUAUCAUACAC